CGGGACUCUGACGCUGUGGGUUUGAAGCGGUAGAAAAGGGCCGGCAUUCGAAUUCUAUCAAGCGUGCCCUGCUCUUCCCUGUUUCAUGAACGGAGACUCAGUACUGGCGUUAAAUUUCGCCAGUUUCUGACAAUUUUAAGUGCGCGAAAAUUUUGAGCAGCUGAUCGCUUGGCAGAGUAGUUCUUUCAGAAAUUGAGGGUUUCGGUUCUGAGGUGCUGCUUGGUUUAGCUUGAAAUUUGGCGGAAGGUGGUGGCGAUGGCGCAGCGUAACAACAAGUAUGAUCGUCAGCUCAGGAUAUGGGGCGAGCAUGGACAGACUGCGCUGGAACGAGCACGCGUCUGUGUUCUCAAUUGUGGACCUACGGGCUCAGAGGCUCUAAAGAAUUUAGUUCUUGGAGGCAUAGGAUCGUUCACAAUUGUGGAUGCAUCCGAAGUCUCUGUCUCGGACUUGGGCAAUAAUUACCUAGUUGACUGGGAAAGUAUGGGGCAAUCCAAAGCAAAGAGUGUCUGUGCGUUGCUUCAGGAACUCAAUGAAUCAGUCGUUGCUAAGUUUGUUGAAGAGUCUCCAGAAGCGUUAUUGAAAUCCAACCCGACAUUUUUCGCACAGUUUACUCUUGUCAUUGCAACCCAGAUGACUGAGACACAUUUACUGAAACUCGAGGAGAUAUGUCGACAACACAAUGUCAUGCUUGUGAUUGCUCGUUCGUAUGGCUUGGCGGGACUUGUUCGAAUUAGUGUGAGGGAGCAUGUUAUAAUUGAGUCUAAGCCAGAUAACAGAGUGGAGGAUCUUCGGCUUCACAUACCUUGGCCUGAACUUCAAAGCUAUGUUGACGAAUUUGAUAUUGAUACUCCAGAUAAUAAUAUUCACAAGCACAUUCCAUUUGCAAUACUCCUGAUCAAAAUUGCAGAAGAUUGGAAAAAGGCACAUGGUGGCAAGUUGCCAGCUAAUGUGAGGUUGUUCAAGGAAGCGAUCACCGCCAGGAGGAGGGUUGUGGAGGAAGAGGAUAAUUAUACCGAAGCCUUGAAAAGUGCAUACAUCAUGUUAUUUCCUCCUGGGAUCAGUUCGCAACUUCGAGCUGUUUUGGAAGAUAAGGCAGCCGAAGUCGAAGCUUCGUCUUCUGACUUCUGGAUCAUGGUUGCUGCCCUCAAGCAAUUCAUGGCAAAUGAAGGUCAAGGAGAACCUCCUCUAGAUGGUGCAAUUCCAGAUAUGCAUUCCUUUACAGACUACUAUAUUAAAUUACAAAAAAUUUAUCAAGCACGAGCUGAGGCUGAUGUAACAGCUGUGGAAGGAUAUGUGGCCCGUAUAUUGAAGCGAAUAGGCCGGGACUCUUCUCCAAUCCCCAGAAGUACAAUAAAACUGUUUUGCAAAAAUUCUCGAAAUCUAAGGGUAUUGAGAUGUAAAAUGUUAAGCGAUGAGUAUAGCUCACGGUCAGGGUCUGAACUUCAGAGACUUCUUGCAGCUGAAGAAAGCAGUCAUCCAGCUUUGUAUAUUCUACUUCGGGCAGUGGACCACUUCGCUGCAACUUACAACAGAUUUCCGGGUGCCUUUGACGGAGAAAUUGAGGAGGAUGUAUCGAGGUUGAAGUCAUUAGCAGUAGGAUUAUUGAAUGACAUGGGAGGAGGUGGAGCUAGUCUCCCUGAAGACGUAGUUAGUGAAGUCUGCCGAUUCGGAGCAAGCGAAAUACACUGUGUAGCAUCAAUCGUGGGCGGGAUUGCUUCUCAAGAAUGCAUCAAGUUGUUGACCAGACAGUUCACUCCUAUACAAGGAACGUUAAUCUAUAACGCCAUGAGCGCCACCUCCUUAGUGCUGAACGUUUAAGCAGUACUUGCAUUUACGUCCCCUGCUGCGAUUACCGACAAGUUGUCUAGAGACAUGGAGGUGCUAUUGCAAUUGCUGUAGUUCUGGUUAGGUUGUGCUACGGAUAGUGUAGUUUUGCUCAAGCGUUUGUGACCUCUGGAUAAGAGAGUAAUUUGGCAUUCAAUCAACACAUAUUGCGUAGCAACAGUACGCUGGUGGACGCCAUGUGGACAGGAUUUAGGAAUAUGGUACCAAGAGCAUUCGUGCUAGAGGGACAAUUGUGUCAACAAAUGGAAUGAAGAUGACUCUGUAGGCGUGGAUUCAACUGUAGACUGAAUUUAUAUUUCUCUGCUCGUAUUAUUCGUUAUGAACAGUGUAAAUGGGAAUGUUUAUUUUGGUAA